CCGCACAGCUGCGGGCGGAGCUGCUCUCUGACCUUCAGGGAGACUAUAAGAGAGCAGAAGAGACAGACAGCCUCAUUCCACAGACAGACGGAGACAGAGACACACGCGCCGCUCACGGACAACAAACACAGGGAAGCGCAGACAUGAACGCUGCUCCUCCUGCAGGAAGUGCUCUGGCGACGCCCGCCAGCACCACCGGACCAACCACACCCAAGAAAGGGCCGCCCAAAUUCAAGCAGAGACAGACACGCACCUUCAAGAGCAAGGCCCCCAAACCCGGGCAGAAAGGGUUCGGCGAUGACAUUCCUGGUAUGGAGGGUCUCGGCACAGACAUCACUGUCGUGUGCCCAUGGGAGGCGUUCGGAGACAUGGAGCUCAGCGAUCUGGCCAAAUACGGCAUUAUCUAAACCCCGCCCCCUUGACGUCACCACCUUCAGCCCCGCCCAUCUUGUCCCAUGGCCCCACCCCUUUUGCUCGAUGUUGUCGUGUGGUUAUGAUGUGUGAUGGUAAAGGACUGAUUCAACACAUGGACACUGUCAUUAUUGAUAUGAUUGUUAUUGUUAUUAUUAUUAUUAUUAUAUAAUAUUUUAUAUUUUGUAUAUGUUGCGAUAAGACGACAACUUAUCCCCUCCCACACCCCAGCUGUCAAUCAACAUUCUGAAACCUAGUCAUCAGGGUUAAGACACGCCCCUAUCUGCGACUCCACCCUUAACACUGACAAAUUACAGAAGGUGUGUUUCCUGUAGCAGCGAUGACUGAUGAAAUCACUUCCUCUGUCUAUGAUACGAUAGCCUGUCCCAUAAACACAUUUAUAUUAUUAAAUGUGUCGUGUGUGACUACGAGAGUAGAAAUCCGAUUAAAGUUUCUAUUUUCAGUAACUCUGUUGACUUUAUUGCAAAUAGAAUAAAAGCAAAUAUCACAACA